ACUGUACUUGCUGAGUGGGCCAAUAAUACAAGGGGGAUCAUCAACGUUCCAUUAAACAUUCCUCUCGCGGGACUGUCCGGCCUGAGACAUCGCGAAGUUUCCUGCUAUUUUGUAUUUUGGUGGCAGCAGGCAGCAAGCAGCAACCCGUUGAGGCAAGUCCAAGUAAGGUGGAGACUCCUACUUAACUUCCUGCACAAUAAUCUUGAAGCACUACUAAGUGAGAAGUGGGGACGCUGCUACUGCUGGGGCGAAGGACGAAUGGAUAUACGGCUCACUUUAUUUCUUUCUCGGCAGUGAAUUGACAAAAAACACUUUGUUUUGAUUCAGCACAUCUACCUGGCUAGUAGCAAGCUAGCAGUAAGGCUGCUGAAGAGAUUCCCAACGUUUGAUUGCGAGGCGCUGCGAAGGACAGGAAUGGAUCACUGAGGGUGGAUUCAACCCUGGACAAGGUGGUCUUCGUGUCUUGGGAAGCCUCCAUGUGCUCUUUUCAUAGGUUGCGGAGUUCAAAGUUGUGGUGGAGUAUGAGUACGACGCACUCCAUGAUGACGAGCUGACCCUGCGACUGGGUGACAUCAUCAAGAAUGUGCGGUAUAUAGAGGAGGAUGGCUGGAUGGAGGGAGACCUCAACGGGAAAAGGGGCCUCUUCCCCGACAACUUUGUUAAGGAACUGAAGAAGGAAUCCAAAGACGUCAAGGAAACAAUGAGUGAGCCAAAAGAGGAAGCCUCUCAGCCUCCGAGGAGAGAGAAGAGUGCAGGAAAUGUGGCCAACCUGGUUCAGAGGAUGAGCACUAUCGGCAUCCCAACUGGUGGCUUCCUGCCUCAGCCACCAGCCGCUGCAAAGAAGCCCAAGAAGAGACAGUGCAAGGCUCUGUUUGAGUAUCAGCCACAGAACGAAGAUGAGUUGGAGCUGAAAGUCGGAGACAUCAUAGACAUCACUGAAGAGGUUGAAGAGGGCUGGUGGAGCGGCAACUUGAACGGCAAGUCAGGACUGUUUCCCUCCAACUUUGUCAAAGAGCUGGAUGCCCUGGGAGAGGAGGGAGACUCAAACGACACAGCAUUAGACGAUGCCGAUGGAGGUGGAAUGGAAAGCACUACCACCCCCACAUCCCCACAACCUGCCUCAGGGAACGGAGUCAUCGCUCAGCCCAAGAAGGUCCGAGGGGUUGGCUUUGGAGAUAUUUUCAGAGAAGGGUCAGUCAAACUAAAGGUCCGACUGCCAAGCCCCGAAACUGAGGAUAAGAAAGAGAAACCAAUCCCAUCAUUACCAUCUGCUGCAAAGCCCGCCCAUCCCAACAUGACAGAGUUGCAACGAGUGGAUGGAGACAGCAAAUCCAAAGCAAAAGAGUACUGUAAGGUCACAUUUGGUUUUGAGGCUACAAAUGAGGAUGAGCUGACCUUGAAAGAGGGCGAUAUCAUCCACAUCCUGAGCAAGGAUACAGGAGAGCCCGGAUGGUGGCGAGGGGAGAUUGGGGGCAGAGAAGGGGUCUUUCCUGAUAACUUUGUAGCCAUGCUGUCUGAAGCAGACAAAGAGGCUCCCACAUCGAGAGGAUCAGUGAGAUCAUCUCCUAAGCAGGAGUCAGAAGAGAAGCCAAAGAAGCCACCUCCACCAUCAAAAAGCAUAGCCCUCAAGCCAGAGGUUCCUAAUGCCGACAAGAGGGCUCAUUCCAUCAGGCGAGAGGACAGAGUUGACAAGCCUAUUCCAGAUCACAAACCAUCCAAGCCCGCAGCACCGCUGGUGCCACCCAAGAAGCCAGUUCCUCCUCCUGGGAAAGGCAGACCGGGACCAGGAAGCCUCCCACCAAAGAGGCCAGACAAGCCUCUCGCACCCUCGACAAACCUCAAGCACAAUGGAGAGGUGCCUUCCACACGACCAAAGUCCGACUUUGAGCCAUCAUUGCCCAUCAAACCCAAAACACUGUCUGGGGACUGGGGGGAGAAGUCCUCAGAUGUGGACCUGAUGAGUUUUGAUGAGUUGUCGUCUACCUCGGAGAAGCUCUCUCACCCCACUGCUAACAGACCAAAGAUGCCUGGCAGGAGACUACCCGCCCAGUUUGGUGGAGGACAUUCGGUCCCUCAGCUCUCUGAAACCUGUCACCUCCCGUCACUUAUUCACCCUCUGCCCAAUAAGGAAGUGAGUGUGGAGAAAUCCUUCAAGAUUGAUGAAGAGGAUGCUGCCAAACCAAAGCUAACAGAAACCAGAAAGCCUUCCACAAACACCUUAUCCCAGUCACCGUCACUCCACAGGCUCACCACGGUCAGCACAGAGGCCAAGCCAACCCCUACUGCAGCCCUGAGCUCAGACAGCACAUUGCAGGGCAGCAGGGCGCCUGAAGAGCCCAGCUCCCAGCUGGAUGAGCUGAGGAACCAGAUGAAAGAGCUGCUGCUGUCUGUGGAGCUGCUCAAGGCCCAGCAAAUGAAAGAAAUAGCUGAGCUACGAGGAGAGCUGGAUGACGAAAGGCUAAAGCGUGUGGCUCUGCAGAUGGAGAUAGAAAAACUGAAGCGAACUGUCCACUCCACGUGAAGCCCACGUUCUAAUGAACAGCAAGCCUGAAGGUCUGGCCUGCCAACCAACCAGAGAGCAGGAAGGUGGUGAUGGAUGAAUAGUUGAAUGGAUGGGGAGAGGGUGGGGAAUCAGAUGAAACACCUUGAGCACAAUCUUUCUUCAGUGAUCUAUGAAUAUAAACUCUCCCCAUAUUUGUAAGAUUUACAUUUUGCACAUAUAAAACAUUUUCAAGCUAGAUGUAAUUAAGUUACAGAUGUAUAUGUUUCUCUUUUUUCUUUUCACUGUUUUAUAUUUUGCCAAUACAAAAAAAAAAACCAAAAAAAAAAAAAAACCGAGGCCUUACUUCAGACUACUGCGCUGGACUUACAACUCUGCCAUUCCUGCUCUCUCCCCGUCACUCCAGCGUUCUUCGAGCCCUUUAGGGAGGAAGUUUGCUCUCAGUACUACUGACUUGUAUAAAGCAGGGGACGCUUGUUUUCAUAUUUUUUUAUGGUGCACAAAUAGUCGAUUUUAAAAAUGAGAAAAUGAUAAAUUUCAGUUCACAUCUUUUGAUCCUCAUGGCGUAUGAUUUUUCUUUCCUACACUACGCCUGUCAGCAGUACUCCACUUCAAGGCUGCGGCACUUGAGAGAGAGCUGUGCUUUCAUUUGUCUUUUAUAUGGUUUCUAGCAUUCCUAUCCAGGGUAACACUACUGUGCCUGUUAAAUUCAAAAUUAUAUUAAAUGUUUGUAAUGGGAGCUUACAUAUACCACGAUGGUGUCUGGAAAUAUUGCAGCAUGAUAUUGUAUAUCUAUAUUUUUUAAGUCUACUGACAUGCCUAGUCAAAUAUUAUGUAGAGGACCUCUUCUAUGCUGGUCUCUUCUAUUUUUGUCAAACUGUUUGACCCGCUGGGAGUGUUCUCAGAGGUUUAGCCAUAGUCAGAGUCUGCAGGUAAUGCACACACAAUCCACAUACAAAAAAACUACAGAGAAGAGAGGAAGGAGAGGCUGCCCUCUUCACUUAUCAAGGUUGCUGACCAAUACAUCACAUCAUCAUCUCUGCAACCUGCAUUUAAUGUGGCCAUCAUCCCUCUAAUCCCUGCUGCGGCCCAUUCUGCCUCUUCCUCUCCUUUCUCCCAUCCCUCUCUGAUUCACAGUGAAUCAUGAUCUAAGAGAGGCCUCGUCUUUCUGCUCUGUAAUGUGUUAUGCAUGAGUAUGCACAGCACUCAUCAGUCGUCCUGUCCUUAUUGUACAUUUGUCUUCUAGUCUGUGUUUCUUCCCACAUUAAGGACACAAGUGAAGCUAACUGGAAGCAAAGAGCAGCAAUUUUAUUGAAAUAAACUCACAUUCUCCGUAUCCUAACUCUGUUUGAGAAACAAAGAGUUAAAGCCCUAAUGUGAAUUAUUUUUAUGUGAUUGUAUAACCCUUCAAAUUAUUCACUUGGUGGAUGGUUUUUUGUAUGCAAGUUAGUGCAAUCUGUGUCUGCCAGUGGCUUUUCAGCCAUGCUAGUGUCAGAGUUCAAGAAAGCAAUUGCUAUCUGUCUGUCAGCUGAUUGGUCAGUUUUUAGUCCUGUCUGAAAUAUAUGAAAUAUAGUCCAAUACCACACUACCAAAAACCUGCAAAAGUAAUGACAUUCCCGUUGGCCUCAGCUGCACUUAUUGGUAAAAACGCAAAUGUUAGCAUCCUUACAGUACACACUUAACUAAGUUAAUCCUUAUAUCUGUUAACAUCUCUGUGUUAACAUUAUUGCCCGACCAACACUUAAUUUUUCAGGCUGAUAGUAAAUAUGUGAAAUUAAAAAUAAAACUAACAACACGUUGGCCUCUCUGAAAUAGAUUUAUACAAACACAUAACAGUUUUCAUAACAAUUACAUUUUUCCAAUUAUGACAAAGACGUGCUGAGUCAAGUAUUCAUAUUGAGUCUGACUUUUUAUAGCUAAAAAAUCCACUCAAACUUAAGUUCUCUUUGCAAACAAACAAACAAAAAAAAAGGUCAUGUUGUUUCAAAACAUCUCUUGGAGCAUUGUAGCGUUGAGCUCAAAUGCUAGCAUGGCUGACUUAUAAUCUUGUUUGAUAACAGGCUAAAAUCUACAAAUCCUACACAUUCCAGCUUUAAGAUGAAGCUCAGAACGGAAAAGGAAAUGAGUCGACACUGUACACUGCUGAUUUUUUCUGAAAGCAUUUUCAGUGGUACAGAACUAUUGUUGCCCCUCUGGCUCCUAAUCGCUAUUAAGAAGUGGAUACUUUCCACUGCAGGUAAGUUCAGUUAAUGCAUAGCACGAUGUCAGCUGCUCUCAGUCGACUCUAACUUGUAGCCUUGGGCUCUGAGUGUGGUUCUGAGCUGAUAAACAGCUUAUCUUGGUGUUGGGAUACUUUUAAGAAAGUAACAAGUGUAACCCCCUCUGGUCUCUGUAUGGCUUAGAGGAAGGUUUCAGCUCUGAGUGCUGAUCACAAUAUUUACAGCAGGUUUCAUUUCCAACUCAAAUGUUAUCUAACUGUUUUACAUCUACCACUAUGUACCACAAGUACAGAUUACUGUUAUUCCUUGUUUUCUUUUUCUUUCUUUUUUUUUUUAAAUCUCUUUCUACAUGUCUCACACAUGUCUUAAAGAAGUGUUACAUUGCUUUGAAACAUCAUCAGGCUUCCAUGUGUUCUGUGUGUGCUUGCUUUUGCUGGCACCUGCUAACCGAGUACAUGAUGUUAAAUUCUGAACUCCAGAGUGCUUUGACCUACUUGAUACUGUUUAUCUGACCUUAAUGAGCAUGGCACUCAUGCAAUAUGUUAAUGCCUAACAUAAAACACACUUCCUUUUAGCAUGCAGUUCUUAAACCAUAUGGCUGGGCUAUGAAAUGAUCACAUUGUGGGAAAGAGGGACCAGGGGGUUUGGGUGACAGCUCUUCAUGUAAUAUCCGUAAUAUAGCUUAACUUUCACAAAUUGUACAUUCCAGAGUUUGACAUCAAGAGAGGAAGAAUCUGUGUGCAUAUAACAUUUUUUUCAAGUGAUUUUGUUUACAAGAGCUGUAUUCUUGCAUGAGCUGAGAUUCUUUUCAAAAAUGAAUAAAUAUAAUCUUUAUUUACUGUCACAGAC